CUCUCUCUCUCUUCUCUCUAUCGCUGUGUGAAAGCAAUCAUGGAAUCGUCAUCGUCUUCUCGACUGAACCGCGAGAAGAUGGUAGAGAAGGUAAUUUGGCCAGCGAUACGAGGGCGAUCUUGUCCAAUCUGCCUCAAAGACCUGGAAGCUCGAGAAGCCGCGGUGCUUACAGAUUGCAAACACGCUUACUGCGUCGGAUGCAUUCGGAAGUGGAGUGGUCUCAAACGGAACUGCCCUCUCUGUAACGCUCACUUCGAUUCCUGGUUCUGCGAUAUCUCCCUUUCUUCUCGAACCUUCUACAAAGAGAGAUUAUCUGCUUUGAACAAUAAUAUUGCUGAUAAUACUAGAAACGACGACGUUCAGGUUGGUUUCAGCCGAAUAGGUCAUCGACAUCGAAGGAGUAUUCGUAGAAUAAGGAACGAAUUAAAUAGCCUUAGCUGGCAACCAAGGUCAUUGCCGUGGCGGAGAUCUUUUGGACGGCCAGGAUCUGUGCCUCUUGAUGUUAUUGCUGAAAGAAAACUUCAAUGGCGUGCCAGCAUUUAUAGGCGACGUUUGCGGGCUGUUUCUUCACCUUCCCAAAAUUGUCGUGAGCAGAAUAUAUCAGGAAAUAUUGGUGCAAAGGAAAGAAUAGUGCAAAGAAUAGGACCAUGGAUUCGAAGGGAGCUACAGGCUAUCCUUGGGGACUCAGAUCCAUCUGUUAUUGUUCAUGUUGCCUCCUCACUUUUCAUUGCAAGCCUUGAAAACAAUAAUAAUGUCAAUUCGGAACAGCUUAAUGUUGAAGAUGAAUCCAUUGCUCCUUUGCGUCGUUUCUUGGAUGACAGAACCAGUAUGUUUUGGCAUGAAUUAAGGUGUUUUGCAGAGAGUUCAUUAAACAUGGAGACAUAUGAUGCGGUAGUUGAAUAUGAGCAGUUGGGUUGAGCCGGAAGAAGGCUUAUCAGUUCGUCUUAAUUCUGAACAACCUUUUCCUUUAUUUCACCUGGUGAUGCCAUGUUGGAAACUUGAGGUAUCCCUUCUUUCUAAACUUGCCUCCCAGUUUAAAGAAGUCGGUCUGCUCAACAAGGUUCCAGGAGCUGCUUUCAUGCAUCUUAUGUGAGGUAGCGUAGCUUGGUUACUGGAAGCAAAACAAAAUUUGGAGUUAACGUGGAUUUAAGCCCACAUCUUGCUUGUGAUGAAGCUGGAUAAAAGAUUGCAGCCACAAGGGCUGAUCCGAUAAUGAGACUGACAAUCUUCUGUUACAAGAUGUUGGUUUGGGAGAGGUGCUGGUUUACUUUGGGGCAGCCAAAUAUUAUCAAGGCAAUGGUUUUUAGUAUUGAAGUGGCUUAGAUCUCUCAGUUUCACAACUUUCCAAAGCCCCAAAGAUAUCAAGGCAAUAGUUUUGAGCCUUGAAGUGGCGUAGAUCUCUGAAUUUCAUAAUUUUUCAAAGCAUCAUCAAAAUCGAGGGUGUUAUGUUGUGUCAUCGUAAAUUAAGCCAUUUUUCAAAAUUCAACAAAAUCAAGGACGGAACUCCCCAGAUUUGGAUGGUCCAGCAUGAAAUCUUUGCCUUCACAUUGGCCCUAAUACAUUACUAAAAUAUGCAAUUGCUCCAGAGGAUCAUGUAUGGAGCCAAAUUUGUUGCAGCAAAAUCAUGAUGGUAUUAUUGAUUUAAUUUAUUUUUUAACCCA